AUGCCGCCCAUCGUCGCAAAUCUCCUACGCGUCGGCGCCGAGAUCGUGAUGAAGCGACGCCGAGCGCACCUCUCCUUUUCCAGACGUUUCCUCCGCAUAGGGGGAUACAAGUGGGCAUAUCUGGACACUGCCCACAAGUCGACUCGCAAUGUCCUCCCGUACUUCCACGCGUCGUCCAAGCAGGGACCGGCGACGUCAAUCCAACCGAUCGUUGUCCUCGUCCACGGCUUCUCCUCCGACAAAGAUGCAUGGCUCCCCAUCGCAAAGUACCUCGUCAACAUGGGCUACCGAGUGAUCAUUCCCGACCUGCCCGGCCACGGCGCCCAUCUGCCCAACUCACAACUACGGAGUCGACGCCCAAGAACCCAAGCAACGACAAAUAAGUUUCUGAGCUACCACACGACCCCAUCCGUGCAUUUGGUGGGGUAUUCGAUGGGUGGCCUCAUAGCGGGGCUGUUUGCAGCGACAUUUCCCCAUUUGGUGCGCACGUUGACCCUGUUGUGUCCAGCGGGUAUUUCGAUGCCAAGGCCAAGCCCCGUUGUGUCGCUCUUCGACACGACCGGCCGCCGACUCAUGGAAGCCUCCACCGCGGACGAGAUGAACGACUUGCUGCGCUAUUCCCAGGGGCCGACACUGAAGCGACAGUACUCCCGAGUCAUGGUGCAUGCUUACGCCAAGAUCCAAGCGGCCAGAAAAGACAUUGUGGGUAAGAUAUUUGACGACCUCGAGCCCGAGCGAUCGACUCUCGAAGACAACUUGCACCGCGUGGAAGCGGACACGCUCGUGUUAUGGGGCAAACACGACCAAAUCCUCGACGUCAGUUGCGCUUACCAGGUCCGAAGGAAGGGAUUCCGAACCAUUAUCGUCGACGGGUGCGGCCACGAUAUCACACAAGUACGGCCCCAAUUGUGCGCCACUCACGUCAUCCGCAUGAUCCAGCGGUAUUCCAAGCGCAGCAACGACCCGAAGAUGUCUCAAACCCAAAUAACGUACACCAGCCUCGACUCUCUCGGACGAUCAACGCUGACGUUUGGGAGUGCCAGGCGACGGCCCCGACGGUUCAGCUCAUCGAUUCGAACGCGUGGGUGA